UGUGUAUUGUUUUUUAUGUUACAUUCUUCGUUUGACAACACUCAUUUUUAUUCUAAUUAAUAUUCUAAUUAUAUUCUAAUUAUUAUAACAUACAGUUAAGGCUGUGCACUGUUGGCAAAUAUGCAAAUGUUGGAUCUGUUUGAAACUGUCUCCUAGCCCCGUGAGAACGUGAACAUGUGAAAGUCUGCUCCGAUAAGUCCUUACUCAGCAAUGAUUCGAUGGAUGAACACACAAACUGAAGGCAUGAGUAACGGCAGACCUGUCUGCUGUCACAGGAGUGAUUCAUUAGAUUCAUCCUGUGGGCCUGUUCUUGACUAACCAGUAUAACGGUUUCAAAUAGGCAAAGCAGAAUAAAAACGUGCUCGCUUAUUUUGCCGUGCUCAGACUUCUAUUUUUUUCUAUUUCACAGUUUUAGGUAAUUGUGCCUCAAUCUUGAAUUUUGGAUGUUGCUCAACCGAAGGUGUAAUCAAGAGCAUCUCCUUUCGGUUGUAAACAUUUCAAACAUGUCAAACGCUUCUGAGCGAUCGCACGCCGCCUCACGCUGCUGGUUUUCUCCCUCAGGCAUCAACAAUUUCAGGUAUCCUCGCGCCCAGUUCACACAUGUCUCGGCCUGCCUCCUUACUUAAGUCCUCGCACACAAUCCAGCCCAAACUGAGUGCGAACGCGGCCCGUGUUUCUUGUUUUCAAUGUUUGAGGAGCACAAAUUGCUGUGAUCUGUCAGUGCGCCGCUUCGGCGCAACAACAAUGAGUCACUCUUGGGUUCCUGACGUUAAAUACAGUAUUGCUAGGACGGUUUAGGUAGAACGGCUUUGAGUGGAGGUGUUUACUGAGGGAUGAGUUCAAGUGGAGGAUUUGGUUUUCUAUUGUCACGCUCCAUUCGGAGUCUACGGUUCAACGCUGUUCACGCAGGAACAGGCCUUUAGAUGUAGGCAAGACGAGUUUCAUUUCCAGCGCUUCAGCUUCCCGCAUCAUGGACCGCCACCGCCAGCCAAUCAGAAACUCAAGUGUGAAACGUAUAUGUUGGAUAUGGAUGCCUACAUAAUGCAGUCAGCUAUGGAAAACUUGAUUUAAAAGACGUUUUUUUUUUGAAGUAUCAAUUUUGAAGGUUUUUUUUUUGUUUUUGAGCCAUGUAUUGUCCUCUGUUGCUCUUCAUCAUCCUGCAUGGCAUCUUCCUGGUGUGUGCUUACAAUGGAUGGAGCGCUCUGAAAAGUAUCCCACGAAAAACCAUUCAGUAUGAAGAUAACCAUGCAAUCACGUUUAAAGAGGAAGGUGUUUGGAAUUACUCCACAAUGCUGAUUAGGGAGGAUCUGGGUUUGCUGGUGUUGGGGGCGAGAGAAGCCGUCUACGCCCUGGACAUAAAUGAUAUCAGGGUUGCCAAGUCUAAGGUGCUUUGGAAAGUUACAGAAGAGAAACAAAAGGAAUGCACCUCUAAAGGAAAACAUCCUGACAUUGACUGUCGAAACUAUGUGCGGAUGCUGCACCAAAUGAGCGACAGCGGGAUGUACAUAUGCGGGACAAAUGCUUUUAGCCCCAUCUGCGACUUCUUGACGUAUAGUGACGGGCAGCUGAAACUAGAGGGAAAGCAGGAAGACGGGAGAGGGAAAUGUCCUUUCGAUCCAUUUCAGAGAUCCUCUUCCAUCAUGGUUGAUCAAGACCUGUAUUCUGCCACGUCCUUUAACUUCCUGGGUUCAGAGCCGGUCAUUCUCCGCACCUCUCCCAUCACACUACGGACGUUGUUUAAGAGCUCUUGGCUCAAUGAGCCAAACUUCGUCUACAUGGACGUGGUCCCAGAAAGCGAGGACAGUCCUGAAGGUGACGAUGACAAGGUCUACAUGUUCUUCAGUGAGAACGCCGUGGAGUACGACUUCUACAACAAACUUGUGGUGUCGCGUGUUGCCAGAGUCUGCAAGGGUGACAUGGGCGGUCAAAGGACCCUCCAGAGGAAAUGGACCUCUUUCUUGAAGGCUCGUCUGGACUGCUCUGUCCCUGAACCCAGCCUGCCCUACAUCAUACAGGACGUCUUUCAUGUCCACCACAAGGAAUGGAGGAAAAGUGUCUUUUAUGCCGUUUUCACCUCUCAGUCGAGCUCAACAGAUCGGUCUUCGACAGUGUGUGCGUACGAUGUGACUGAUAUCAGCAAGGUGUUCUCACAUGGAAAAUUUAAGACCGAGGUGAAUGUGGAUAUGUCUGAUGUGAAGUGGGUCUCCUACAACGGAGAGCUUCCUGUCCCUCGACCAGGAGCUUGUAUCAACAAUGCAGCGAGGAGUUCAGAUAUAAUGCGAUCGCUGGACCUCCCCGAUAAAACGCUACAAUUCAUCCGAGACCGCCCCCUCAUGGACGAUGCCGUCCGACCAAUCACAGGCAAGCCCUUUCUGCUCAAGAGAGGCCCGUUGUUGACCCGCCUCGUUGUGGAUCAUGUAACUGCAUUGGAUGGACAGUCCUAUCCUGUGAUGUUUGUCGGCACAGAAAAUGGCUAUGUGCAGAAAGCAAUGAACUACGAUGGAGAAAUGCACAUUAUUGAAGAAGUAAAACUGUUUCAGAAUGCUGAGCCCAUUGACGUCCUGAGGCUUCACCAGAAUCAGUUGUAUGCAGGCUCUGCCUCUGGGGUUGUCCAGAUGCCCGUCAGCAACUGCAGUCGUUACUCUUCCUGUCUGGACUGUGUGCUGGCCAGAGACCCUUACUGUGCUUGGGACGUCCCGACUCAACGGUGCUCUAGAGUACCCACAUCACCUGAGGAGGAGAAAAGCAGUCUGAUACAAAGUCUGAAGGACGGGGAUGCCACUCGAUGCCCAACAACGGCUCCCGUGGAACCAAAAAUGCGAAGCCUAGUGCCGGGAAACAACAUAAUGUUGCCGUGUCAUCCAGACUCGAACUUGGCCCAGGUCAAUUGGAACUUUGCUGGAAAGCCACUUCUUUACUCAAACAGGAAGUAUACCGUUUAUAACAACGGCAUCCUUAUCUACAACUCCUCUGCCGCUGAUGCUGGACGCUACACCUGCACGUCAGUCGAGCGGGCGAAAGGGAGAGACUACACCCAAACUCUGGCCGUUUAUGACUUGCGUGAACAAUCGGCAGUAGUCGUGACCGACAAGAUCAAGACCACGCCGGGGAUCCUUCCCGAAAGCCAUACGACGUCACCGGGUCUGCAUAAAUCUGAAGAGCCUCCGUGGUUUUCAAAAACUCAGAGCGGCGAGAGUAAAUGGGUAGUAAUGCAAGUGGCGUUGGCCGUGAUGUCAGUUAUGAUGGCGUGUCUGCUCAUCUGGAACCUGUACAUGGGCCACAUCUCGCCGUUUAUGUGCUGUGGAAGACAACUUAUCAAAAGCCCCAGGAAUCUUCCAGAAAGGGAGUACAUGCGCACAAGAGACGAUGCUGUGGACAGUAAACGGCAAAUGGUCAGUUUGUGCGUCACAACGAACUGUGGUCUGGAAGCCACUAGCUUCCACAGGUGUACCACCAAUGGGGAUACGCCAACAGACGUUUGUGCUUUUAAGUACAUUACAGAUGAGUCAGAGAUUUGAGAUUUGAUUUCUAUUUUAUUUUUUACAAUGUGAUUUUUAUACUUAUUUAUUUUUAUAAAUAAUAAAACAAUGUUAAAUGUU